AUGUAUUCAUUGAAACCUGCUUUGUUGGAACAACAAAGAAAGGUUAAUCAGGUUUCUGGUGAAGAAGAAGAAAGAAAGCGAGAGUAUGUAUUAAAGAAAUUAUCAGAUGCCAGAUGGGCCUGUCAUGCUGAUUGCAUUAAAGCAUUCCACCACACUAUAAAAGCUGUAAUUGCAACUUUAGACGAUAUCAGGGAAAAUGAGAAGAAAGCAAAUAUCGUUGCUGAAGCAAAAGGAUUACUCCAAAAUGUCCAGGAGUUUGAAUUUAUUCUAGCAUUGGACGUAUAUUUUCUAUAUUUUAUUGGACACUUGUUUAUGGCUUUUUAAUGAUAUGCUAAUGCAAUGAAGAACAGAAAAUCUGAAUUAAAUGCUAAAAUUCAGCUCAUUUUCAACCAAUGAGAAUAAGAUCACCUGUUAAACUUGUUCGUGUUUGACCAUAUUUAUAUUUCUGUUUUUUAAUGUUAACUUAAGGUCCUGGAAAAAGUCAUGCAUCUCAGUAAAGGCAUCUCUGAUAAAUUGCAAUCAGAAGACUUGGACGUUGUCUCUGGCUGUGAGAGGGUGACAGAUCUCCUAGCAGCAAUCAAAGUUCUUCGGUGCGAGGUGAAAUUUGAGUUGUUUUGGAAAAGUACCUUGGAGAGAUGCUGUGAACUAGGGAUUGCAGAACCAAAAGAAGAUCGUCCGCAUAAACUUCCUUGACGAAUUGAUGACAAUCUCCAGACUGCUGUACACAUAUCAGCAAAAGACAAAUUAAGAGUCUCAUUUUAUUAUAAUGUAAGUUAUCUGGUCUUGUCGGUGUGUAUUCCCCUUUUCUCUCCUUCCAUUCUCAAUAGGUUCUUGAUCUUAUGACUGCUUCAAUUGCGAGCCGUUUCGACACAAAUAAUGUGCAAGUCUUGCAAGGUCUAGGGUUUUUGCAUCCUUGUCGAUUGGGAGAUCCAGAAGCAUGGACAAAAAUCUCUGUGGCAGUUAAAUGGUUCCAAAAAGACUUGGAUAUAGAUGCUCUUCAAACCGAAAUAUUUUCCCUGCAAGUCUUGUCACUGCUCACUGGCGUGCUGAAAAAAGCAGUCUGAGAAAUGACGAACCACCUUUGUUGACAUAUUCACAGUAUUGAAUGAGGAACCAGAGUGUUAUGGUACUACCAUAAAAUUGAUGGAAAUUGCUCUAACGCUACCCCUCGCAUCUUGUAGUGCAGAAAGGGCAUUCUCAAAGCUCAAGCUUAUCAAAUCUCGGUUGAGAUCAACGAUGAACCAAGAAAGGCUACAAA